CGACACACCUGGCCUUGGGCCCCUACCUCUGGGAUGGCUCUGGUGGCCUGGGGGGUGGGGGGAGCCAGGGCCCCAGGGUGGGAUGCAGCACCUGCGGUUUUGAGGGGUCUCCCGGGUCGGCUGGUCCUGCAGCGGCCUGGGCAGCAGGGCCCUUGCGAUGCCUUUGGCCGCCUGCACUGCCCCACACCCGAGUGUACACACCCUGCGUAGACACAGGUCACAUAAACAAAUUACUCCACACCAGGAUCCUGACACGAACCUCCUGCCCCUCCCCAAUACCUUGGCUUUUAUAAAUUCUUAAAAAAAUCUUAUCACAUCCCCAAAGCAAGAGUGUUUAUAAAUAAAUUACUGCAAGGCUUAAAUUAUAUAUUUAUAAAAAUUAUUUUUAGCCCAUCCCUAAGCUAAGCAAAUUUGAAAAACAACAUUAAAAAGACACUUUUAGCUUGACAGAUUAAAAGUGCUUCUCCAUUUCAUCAUUUAUCUUUGCCCCCCACAAUAAUGACACUGUACUCAACAAGUUAAUUUUUUUCUUGGAGACAUUCCUCAAGCUCUAAUUUCACAGCAAGAACUGCAGCUUCAGAACCCUGACUUCCAGGGGGCACAGGCAUGUCUUGUGGAGGACUCUGCUUCCAGACUCAAAGAUCAGCAUUUGGGGUGAAAUUUCCCCCAGGUCUUAGGGCUGCCUGGAAUUUGAGCACAGGGCUUGCCCCACCCUGUUUGCCUCACUGGGGGAGGCUUCAACUCGGCGAAAUGGAGCGGAAAUGUGUGGAGCUGGGGGCGCACUUCCUGCAGGAGCACCCGAGCCCUCUAACGGGCCUCACCACCAAGGGCAUAGGCAGUCACUUGGCACGUCCUUAGCCAAGGGGGUGAGAUUCCAGGUGUGAUAUCAUGGCAGAGGUAGCCUUCACUAAUAAACUCUCACCUCUUACAGUUUGACAGGCCGUGUCCUGUGGAAACGUGCAGGACAGGGGACAGGGUGGGAGGAAGGCCACUCCCUCUCUGCAGCAGCCCUUUUCCCCGGCUUCUCCGGGCACGGACCUCUGUGAAUUUGGAGAAUGGGGAUGGCUUAGGAAACAGCGACCAGCAGUGUUCCUAGGGGACCACGCCGACCAGGAGCUCUGCACAAACCAGACUUUCCCCCAGGAAGACUCCACAUGUACAACCUUCUCCAUAUUUUCCGUGGAUGUUAGACUGGACAGGACCUUCUGGGGAGAGGAUUCCCCAUGGGGCAAGAAGGGAGACUGGGGACCCAGGGUGCCGUGGAGCCUGCCGGAGCCGGAGGCCAAAGCCUGCUGCAGGACGGUUCUGGACCCCACUUCCCCCACUUCUGGGGGCCAAGCCAGGUUAGAGACGCCAGGAGCCCAGAGACAGAGAGGCCAGGUUGCACUGGCCCACAGGCACUGGAGGGAACUGGCAGCCUUCGUCUUUGGUGUUCCCUCCGGAAAGGGUUCACGCUGCCCCAGGGCCAGCGAGACCGCAAAAGACAGAAGCCCCGUGAGAUCUGGUCUCAGUGUCCACGGUGGGUUGUGGUCCUACAUCCCUGCGCUCGGGUGGUGUUCAGGUUAGAGGCAAGCACUCUCGGACCACACCGAGCCUUGGCUGUGCAGAUGCCGUCCUGGAUUAACCGAGCCGGGAGACACGGGCUCUGGGGGUGCGGCGAUGGGGCCCAGGAAGGUGGCUCAGUGGCAUCUUCCUCCAAGUCCGGAAGCCACUGGCGGAGGGCUGGACAGUGAGAGCUGCCUGGUGCAAUCCCAGCGGUGCCCUGGCUGCCAUCCUGCUGCUUAGGAAGCUCUGUUCACUGCAUGACAUUGUUCCUUGUGGAAGUACCUUCCAGCGCAGAAGCCAGAAUGAAGUCUUGAAGGUUUUGAGAACGCAAAGGCAGGAUAUUAAUAUUUCAAUGCUUAGAAAUUGGAAAAAAGCACACCACAGAAGUAUCUGCAAUCAUCAGGAGAAUUUGGCCUUUGGGGAGACUGCAGGACAGCUCCAAAUGAACAGACAGGAGUGGUUGUGAUAUUUUGCUGCAUUUCUAUAAACUACUGCAACCUAUUAUUGGACCUCUGAGUU